AUGGCGCCGAAGCGCAAACAACCCACUGGAUCGUCGUCCAAGACUGCAACCACUCCAGCCAAACGCCGCUCGAAGCUGGCCAAGGACAACGACCUCUCUGCGGACGAAGAGUCCGAGAUCCAGGAAGCCUUCGCCCUCUUCUCCUUUCAAUCUUUCUCGUCAAAGGAGUCCUUGAUAGCAACCUCCGAUGUUCGCCGCGCUCUCAUCGCCCUCAACACUCCACCAACAUCACAAGAUGAACUCACCGAGAUCAUCUCAACUGUCGACCCCGAUGACAGCGGGUCGGUGAGCUAUGAGCACUUCGUCGCUGUCGCUGCGCUGAAAUUGCGCGCGAAGCACGACGAUCCGGAGGCCAUGAGCGAGGAGGUCAUGAAAGCAUAUCAGCUGUUUACGAAGGGACAGGAGAGAGAGAUCAAUCUGAACGACCUGCGGCGGGUAGCCAGGGAGUUGAGGGAGGAGGUGCCGGACAACGUGUUAAAGGACAUGUUGAGGGAGGCGACGGGAGGUGGGGUGGGGACGGUAGGGGUGGAGGAGUUCGAGGGAGUCAUGAAGAGGGCUGGCGUAUUCGGCUGA